AUGGGAAACAACAGCAGCUCCACCGUGGACGAUCUGCAAGCUGUCGAGAUCCACCACUGGUACAAAAAAUUCAUGACAGAAUGUCCUUCUGGGCAGCUGACGGAGCAUGAAUUUAAGCAGUUCUUUGGACUUCGAGGGCUGGAUCCAGAGGCCAAUAAGUACAUUGAGCAGAUGUUCCGCACGUUUGAUAUGAACAAGGAUGGAUAUAUUGAUUUCAUGGAAUACGUGGCUGCCCUCAGCCUCGUUCUCCGAGGGAAGAUGGAGCAGAAAUUGCGGUGGUAUUUCAAGCUCUAUGAUGUAGAUGGCAAUGGCUGCAUUGAUCGACAUGAACUGCUCAACAUCAUCAAGGCCAUUCGAGCCAUUAAUGGUGGUGACCAUGAAACGAGUGCAGAAGAGUUCACCAACCGAGUCUUCGACAGGAUUGAUGUGAACGGCGAUGGUGAACUUUCUCUGGAUGAAUUUGUGGAGGGAGCAAGGAAAGAUGAGGAGUUCAUGGAGGUUAUGAUGAAAAGUUUGGACCUGUCACACAUUGUGGCCAUGAUAAACAACCGUCGGCAUAGUGUAUAAAUCAAGCUGGGAGAAAAUGCUGUGCCAAUAGACAGAAGGGUGUCACAAGGAAGGAGAGACAGCAUUUUUCAAAAUAAAAUUUCCAUAAACAUGAAUAUGGAA